AUGGCGAAAACUACCACCCUCAAAGAGUUCGAGUCUGUUUUCCCCAAGCUGGUUGAGGAUCUCCUCGACCAUAGCAAGACAUAUAAACUCCCAGAGGAGUUUGUUUCAUGGUUCAAGACUUCCCUAAAUGCCAAUACCAUUGGUGGAAAAUGCAAUCGAGGCAUGUCUGUUCCUGACUCCGUUUCUCUUCUCCUGGAGGCGCCUCUGUCCGAGCAGCAGUAUUUCGAAGCCGCCACUCUAGGUUGGAUGACGGAGCUUCUUCAGGCUUUCUUCCUUGUCUCCGACGAUAUCAUGGACAGCAGCAUUACCCGCCGAGGCGCACCGUGUUGGUAUAGACAACCGCAUGUCGGAAUGGUUGCUAUCAAUGAUGCGUUCAUGCUCGAGGCCGGCAUAUACAUAUUGCUGAAAAAGUACUUCCGCAAACAUCAGUCAUAUGUCGACCUGAUCGAAUUGUUUCACGAAGUUACAUUCCAGACCGAGCUAGGCCAGUUGUGCGACCUACUUACUGCACCAGAAGACAAGGUCGAUUUGGACAACUUCUCUCUCAGUAAAUAUCAGUUCAUUGUCAUCUACAAAACGGCGUACUACUCGUUUUACUUGCCAGUGGCCCUAGCUCUCCACCACCAAAAUAUCGCAACGCCAAAGAAUCUCAAACAAGCCGAGGAUAUCUUAAUCCCCCUUGGCGAGUAUUUCCAAAUUCAGGAUGACUACCUAGACAAUUUCGGCCUACCCGAACAUAUCGGUAAAAUUGGUACAGACAUCUUGGACAAUAAGUGCUCUUGGCUUGUCAAUAAAGCUUUGGAGAUUGCUACGCCGGAGCAGAGAAAGGUUCUCGAGGAGAACUAUGGACGCAAAGAUAAGGAGAAGGAAGCGAAUGUCAAGAAAUUGUACGAUGAGCUCAAAUUGGAGCAAAUUUACAAAGACUACGAGGAGAAGCGUGUUGAGGAAAUAAGACAGAAAAUUGCGAACGUCGACGAAUCUGAAGGCUUGAAGAGAACUGUCUUUGAGAGUUUCCUUGCCAAGAUAUACAAGCGAAGCAAAUAG